UUCUUUGCAAGCAUUUUGCAGUGUGAUGAAGACGACGAUGAUAGAGAUGCUGAGCCGUUGCGGCUGAAACCAGGCGUGCGAGACGAUGUUAAGGCAUGGGCAGAGCGGUAUCAGCACAUUCUGGAGACUGUCCCUUUCUUCUCAAUGCCGCUGCCCAUCCCUACAGGCACCAUGAAUCUGCUAGCCUCAGCCCAAUUUGAGGUGGUCUUAAGAGACGUGGAGACCGGAGCAUCAGUUCCGAUUCAGAGGCACAACUACCCCCCGCCAGUGCCAAAACCCAUGAGCGAGUCACUUGAAAUGAAGAAGAAAAGAAAAAGAUGGCGGCGACCCAAAACAAAGCGACAUAACCUGGUUGCGAAACCCUUCCAAAUAGAGUUUUUGGAGCUGAUAUCGGGUAUAUUUCUGCUGAUUGUACUUCCAAAACCCGGACACCGUGGGACCGACUUUCAAGGACACCGUGGGACCACCAGACGUCCGGCAGAGUGGCGCAGUUGGACACGUGAAGCUCCCGGCCUUCUCACCCGACAUGCAGCUCGACAACGACCAAGUGGGCGACUUGGCCCAUGUGUUGGCUGCAUGAGAUUAAAAACUAAUUUGAAUUACACAACUUUGAAUAUAAACGCAGCCUUUGAAACCUACCUAGAUACUGCGUCGCGGGCAUUACUACAGGCCAUCAAGAGACACAGAAAGGAUGUCCCUGAGAACCUGCAGUUGAACAUCGAUCAGGCCCUGGACCCAAUCAAUCCAGACUACCCUGAUUGGCUGAGCGAUUAG